AUGGACAGUAAAAGUACUUGUGUUUCGAUAGGCAAGUUUCCAUUUGAUUACACAGAAGAACAGGUACGAGACAUUGCAAGAUCAGUUGGACCAGUAUUAGAUGUAAAGUUAUUAUUUGAUGAAUUAACCGGUAAAUCCAAAGGAUAUGCCAUUAUAAAUUAUGGAGACAAUGAAACUGCAUCAUCCGCAGUACGUAACCUAAAUUACAUGACGUUACCAAAUGGUAGGUUUCUAAAAUGUUCCUUUGUCACAGAUUAUGACAUGUCAAGCAAAGAGUCAGUAAAGUUGCCACCUUUGCCACUUGGGAUACAAAUACAUCCUAAUCAAAAUGCAUCACAGGUUAUAUCUACUAUACUAUCGAAUAUUGAUCCCAAUUCAGCCUUGCAGAUAUUGAAGGAAAUAAAGAUUAUGAGUAUUGAUAACCCCAAGAGCACAAAGGUUUUAUUAGAACGGUUCCCUCAACUAAGUUUAGCUUUAGUGGAAUUAGGAUUACUUUCAAACACGACAAACCAAGAAUUAAUUGAAUUGACUUUAAACAAGAAACCUGUGGAUUUGACCGAGUUAUCUUUGGAUCACGUUAGAUUGUUGCAGUCAGUCGAGAAGCUAACGGACGAAGAAAUUGACGAGUUGGAUGAAAGUCAGCAGGAAAUAGUUAGGAAAGUAAAGGAGGAAAUAGCGAAAGGCACAUAUGGUGAAGUUCUGGCUGUCAAGGAAAGUGCCUGA